GCAAAUGGCUUCUUGUCUUAACAUAGCUGUACUGAAAUUAUUGUAGCAUUAUUCAAUUUCUACAGUUAUUUUGUAAAUUUAGCUAUUAAUAUAUUCAUAUAAAUGUACUAGGAGUUUAUAAUUAAGUGUAAAUGAUGAAAUAACUAUAAUUAUUUCACGACGUGUCUUAGCAUAAUGGUGUUUUUUAUAUGCGUGUUUUAAUUUUAACACUAACGACAUGACUCAGUUCUUGACACCUAAUUUGCUUGCGCUGUUCGCGGCGCGGGACCCCAUCCCGUAUUUGCCGCCGGCAGCGAAGCUCCCGCACGAAAAGAAACAGAAAGGGUACGAUGGCGUCGGCGCUUUUCUGGGAAUAUUUGAGCACCCGUCGGAGACUCCGCCCCCGACGCGCGUGGAGACGCGCGAGGAGCGCCUGGAGCGGCGCCGCCGCGAGCGCGCCGAGCAGACCGCAUACAAACUCGAACAGGAGAUCGCGCUCUGGGACCCCGCCGCCAGCCCCCGCGCCACCACCGACCCCUUCAAGACGCUAUUCGUCGCCAGGAUCAAUUAUGACACCUCGGAAUCAAAACUGCGGAGAGAAUUCGAAGGAUAUGGACCAAUCAAAAAGAUAUACAUGGUAUAUAAUAAAGAGAAUGACAAACCGCGUGGCUACGCCUUCAUAGAGUACGAGCACGAGCGGGACAUGCACUCUGCGUACAAACACGCUGAUGGUAAGAAAAUCGACGGUAAACGCGUGCUGGUGGACGUCGAGCGCGCCAGGACUGUGAAGGGGUGGCUCCCGAGGAGGCUGGGCGGCGGUCUGGGUGGCACGCGGCGCGGCGGAGCGGACGUGAACAUCAAACACUCGGGACGAGAAGACAACGAGCGGGAGCGGGAGCGGUACAGGCUCGAACAGCGAGACAGGGACCACCACCACCGCGCGGACCGUGGUGCUGGUAACGCGGCGGGCGCCCGGCGACGGUCACGGUCGCGGUCACGGAAACGAUCCCGGUCGCGGUCGCGGAGGAGGGAGCGGGAGCGGCCCAGGGAGGAGGAGACUGAGAGACGCCGCCGUCGUUCUCGCUCCCGCUCGGAGCGCAGGCGCGAGCGUCGUGAUCGGGACAAAGAACGAGAUCGGGAUCGGGAUCGGGAUCGCGACAAGAAGAGGUCGAGGCGCGACAAGGAGCGGAAGGAGCCCAAGGUCAAACCCGAGGAUAUUAAGAUCAAGGAGGAGCCCAUGGACGAUUAUCCGGAGUUCAGUCUGCCGCCGAUCGACGUCCAGAUCAAGCAGGAGCCGCACGACGACGAGAACAAAUACAACCCGGAGGACGCCAACGGGGACGACUACAACUACUAACCGGACCGGACCGGGCCGGACCGGACUGUACCCGA